CACCGGUCUCGCAAUGCCAGAGAACUCCGUACUGCACCAGACACCGCGUCUCUGUUCGCUGCAUUUGGCGGCGAGCUGACGUCAGAUGACGAUGUCAUCGUGGACAAUGACAAGGGUGUGCGAAGUGAGCCUGCUGUGCUCAUCUCGCCCAGCCGACGCGAACAGCCAAUCUCUAGCUACAGAUCUCGCAGGGCCCAUCAGGACUCUGCCUCACCCACUGCGGCGCGUCCACUCAACACAGAGGCGAAUGGCGCUACUACUGAUGAUUCCGCGUCACAGCCAAUCCGGCCUCGUAAACGGCUGAGGCGGAUGCAUCAGGCGCGCUCGAGCUCAGGCUCCGAUUCCCAGAGGGCCAGAUCAAUGUCUGUCCUGUCUGUUUCCGGCUCAGACUCUUCUGGGUCAUCUA